AAAAACUCGUCAAUUAGCAGGCUGUGCAACUGUCAAAUUUCAACCAAUUUUCCAGCCCGUCCAGUGCAUUAACAAAUAGUUCAUUUCGUUUUAGUUAGUCGUACGGUUUGUUUCUUAUUUGUGAAAGCUCGUCGAACGGAAGCAAAUUUCGCUUUACCCUUUUGAAAAAUAAAGGAAAAAGUUCGUAAAAAGCGAAAGAGCCCAUCGAAAUUAACACGAAAAGGAGUUCCCAAUAAAGAACGUUUCCCCAGAUCAUAUUCAAAAAUGGUUGCCGAUAACAUCGAUGCUGGAGUGGCCAUUGCCGCUGCCGAUCAAUCCUCGUCGCCUGUGGGCGUCAAGGACGAACUGCCGGCCGGCAACUACAUCCUGGUGGGUGUGGACAUAGACACCACUGGACGUCGUCUAAUCGAUGAGAUUGUCCAGCUGGCCGCCUACACGCCCACCGACCACUUCGAGCAGUACAUCAUGCCCUAUAUGAAUCUGAAUCCAGCUGCGCGCCAGCGCCAUCAAGUUCGUGUUAUUUCGAUUGGCUUUUAUCGUAUGCUGAAGUCGAUGCAGACCUACAAGAUCAUCAAAUCCAAGUCGGAGAUCGCCGCCCUCAAGGACUUCCUCAACUGGCUUGAGCAACUGAAGACCAAGGCGGGCUCCAACUCGGACGGGAUAGUGCUAAUCUACCACGAGGAGCGCAAGUUCAUUCCCUACAUGAUCCUGGAGUCGCUGAAGAAGUACGGCCUGCUGGAGCGAUUCACCAAGACGGUGAAGUCCUUUGCCAACAGCCUCAAUCUGGCCAAGGCCUCCAUGGGCGGCGACACCAACGUCAAGCACUACAGUCUGCGCAAGCUCUCCAAAAUGCUGUCCAAGACCAAGGAGGACGACGUCGCGGGCUCGGGCUCUGCAUCCACCUCCUCAUCGGGAUCCGGUUCGGGAUCUAGUUCGGUGUCUGGAUCGGCAUCUUCGUCGCCCAGCGACAGCACCGUGAUCGAUGAAAGCGCCAGCGACAAGCGAUCCUCGAAGAACAGCCUCCAGGUGGAAAGGGAUCUAUUCGAUGGCAAUGCCAGUGUUCGCGCUAAAUUGGCCUUCAAUGUGGCCCUGCAGCUGAGCAACUCGGACCGCAAGCCGGAGCCACAAUCCUCGGAGGCGCUGGAGAAUAUGUUUAAUGCUCUAAAGCCCUUUGCCAAGUUGGUGGGCUCCGAUGUCCAGGAGCUGGACACUCAGAACGAGAACCUGGAGCGACAGAACUCCUUCCGUCCCGUCUUCUUGAAUUAUUUCAAGACUACUUUGUAUCACCGCGUUCGUGCUGUCAAAUUCCGCAUUGUGCUGGCCGAGAAUGGCUUCGAUCUGAGCACCUUGAGUGCAAUUUGGGCUGACAAGCGCCGCGAGGGUCUGGACAUGGCUCUCCAGUCGAUUGGCACCAUGAAGGGCGAGGAUAAGACGGAGCUGCUGGAGCUACUGGACAGCUACUUUGAUCCCCAGAAGACCACCAUCAAGCCGGUGGUCAAGUCGAACAACAAUCGUCGCCGUAAUCGUCGCAGUUCGGGACAACCGACUAAGAAUGAAGGACCCGCCAGUUCCCGAUCGGCCAGUGCGGAGUUUGGAGCCGGAGGCGACAAGUCGCAGAGUGUGUCCUCGGUGCCGGACUCCACCACCAAGACGCCUUCGCCCAACAAGACACCCUCGCGUCCCCAGCGCAAGCGGAACUCGCGUCACAGCUUGGGUGGAACUCCCAAUGGACUGAAGGUAUCCUCGGCGGAUACAUCAUCCUCCAAAGUAGAGCUCAACAACUCCGCUCCCCCUGCCGUCCUGGUAACCCCGGCCGCACCCUCACCAUCGCCGUUGGCCAUCACCGCCUCCAACUAGAGGAAAACCACAGCCUCCUCAUCUGGUGGCUCCGUAAAGUAAAUAUUAUAGCACAGAAACCUCUGCUAUUUGCCUUGUAGAUUCAAGUAGUUAACGAGGGUUACGCCUCUCGCUUAGAUUGUUGAUUAAUUUUAUGAAUUACCUACGCUCGCUUGUAUUUUUAUUGAAUUUUUAUAAAAAAUCGAGAUGGAAAAUCGA